UCAAGCAACUUUCUAGUUAGGCCCAUGUUACCAAGUUACAAGCAUUUUCAUUCUAAAACGAAACUAAAAUUACUAAUGUCACCACCAACAUUGAAUAAAAACGUUAUGCACCAUUACUUAAUCACACUAAAAUGAUCUUAUCAGCUGCUGUAUAGUCUAAAUAUGAAAUAAAACAUGUUUUUGAUGAAAAAAUGAAAAUGGCUGGAUGGAUCAGGUCACUGAUAUGUGACACUAGUUUGCGAAUCGUCUUGCCUGUAUUUGCUGUAGUAGUGGCAGUAGUGAUUUUCAAAGUCAAAUUUAAGUCCACAUGCCAGAACAGAUGUGGAUCUCUGCUGGACGCCAGUAAACCCUGUCAGUGCAACUCUGCCUGUGUCAGAUACAACGACUGUUGUGCUGAUUAUGCAACAUUAUGUACUGCCAGUUCCACAGGGAGAUGUAUGAGUCUGACAGCUGUGUCAGAGGAAUUAUGGGCCAGCGAUGUCAACAGGAUGUCAGCGUCUGAUGUCACUGUCAACUACCAGACCAAAGUGUCAGCUGGCACAACCACUGACAAGUCGACUCAGAAGUUGUUUACCUAUGUAAAUGAGGCUAAACUUGGAUCUGGCACCUACAAGCUGCUGUCAAAUCUGAUGAACAACUACGAUCCAGUCAAAGGUGCCAGAGAGACGGCCACAGCUGCUGAACUUGCUGAAGACAACGCCUUUUUAGACGCCAUCCUGGCCACUAAAGUCAUGGAGAAACUACUCAACUAUCUCACUUGCAAGGGUUUGGUGACCAGCCAGUCAGACCUUAGAGGCGUACUCAAGAGACACUGGUUUGAUUUUUACGCUCGUAGUGGCUCUAGCACAGUCCCUGACACAAGCGGCUUUGAGCAUAUCAUGGUGGGAGAGUACAAGAGUGGAACCACGGUCAACGGCUUCCACAACUGGGUGUCUUUCUACGAGAAGGAGAAGGCUGGGUCAUUGAACUACUUCGGAUAUGUGUCUCAGGCUAAGCCGUCAAUCAUAGGUGCCGCCUUCUCAUGGGACAACAGAGUGAAAACUUUGGGCAGUUUUUUCAUCGGUGUAAGCCCCGAGUUUGAGCUGGCCAUUUACUCCCUUUGUUUCCUGUCCCACCCCGGGGGCGUCUGCAACAUCUCCCUCAACGGAAGUCCCGUCAGGAUCGUUUCCUACAGCAAAGAUGGACACAUCGCCACGGCCUACAUCUCUGCUUAAAGUCUGGUUGAUGUGUGCUGUACGUUUACCUGCUUAAAGUUUGUUGCGCUUGUUUAAUAAGUUUUAUGCAAGUACUAUGUCCAUAUGUUGUGAUAAUGUUUUUUGUUCAACGUUCGUGACAAGGAAAAAUUUGUACCUGGAAAAAAGAUGAUCUAUUUAUGUUAGCAAAGAAUGACCACAUGUACAUUAAACAUUUGAAAAUGUAAUUGUAUAACUGUUUUGCAUUUGAACAUUUUUCUAUUAGUGCAGUUUUUGGUAGAGCAUUGUUCUGAGAACUGUUUCAGCCUAAUGUGACUGCUUAAAGUCUGGCUAAUGUUUAAUUUUUAAAUGUAUUUCUUUUUUUAAAAUUUCAUACAAAAAGUAAUCUAUUGAAAUUAUUUUCAGAUUUUUUUUAGAUGCAUCCAGUUACCUACCAAAACAAAUUUUGUAUACAGUGAUUAAUUCAAUUCAUCCAAUUUAGCUAGCUAUUAAUUUUAAACACAAUCUUUAAUGAAUAGACUAAUAAGGGAUUUUCUAUGCACAAUGUUAAUACACAAGUAAAGUUUUCUGGUAGUGAGAAAUUAUUUUCUGUAAGUCUAAUAAGUUGUACUUUUGUAUUACUUUUUGUUUAUAUUUCUAUUUUAUUGACUGGUCACUUUUUAUAGUGAUUGUUAUAAAAAGAUAUAUUUUGACAGGCUCAAGUUCUGAUCCUGGACUUGGAUCUGUAGAACAUUCCAGAGUCCACCUAGUUCUGUUGGGUACCUGACUCAUGUUAGGGAAUGUAAUGGAGGCUAGACAUAUUGCUGACCACAUUAUCCUUUCAUAUGCCAAGGGCAUUGAAAAUGGUAAACUCGAUAUCAGCUGCCUUGUGGAUUGAAGGGUUCAAAAUACUUUAUUCCACAUACAAUUUUUUUUUUCAUGUUGUGCAUAAUCUUU